GAAAAAGUUUUUUUUACUUUUUUUAUCGACUUGUUUUACGGUUAUUUUAUCUAGUGUAAUAAGACAAGAUAUGGCAAUAGUACGUAUUUGUAACUCUACAGAUCCCAUUGAUUUACGAGUAUUGAAUGAUUAUUUAAUGAAUCACAAUUUAAAUCGCCUGCACAUAAAAUCCCAUCACCCACUUGCCUGUUUCCUACUCUGUGUGUACAGUGAGUUCAAUUGGAUGGAUCGUCAUGGGGGAUUCAAAGUUCAUAAUAUCAAGGCCUGGAUGCUAAGAGCUGAAUUAUCGGAAAAUGACACGGACAUUUUAUUGAGAAAGUGCAUUAGCUUAGAGUUGACAGAUCCUUGUACACGGGCGCAACAUUUCACAGAAUGUUUUUGGACAAAUCAUCAAGAUGUAACGGUCGAUCAUAGACACUCAUUACACUCGAUGAUGCAUAAGGAUGUGCAUUAGGAUAAAAUAUAUAAUUAACUU